GGCCACGAAAUUUAAUCGAAUGUUUUGUGGGUCAGGGGAGGUCACAGCCCCCAAGAUAGGGGCCUGCCUCAGUCAGACAUUCUCUGGCGACUCGUAAAUUACUUCAGACUCCAUAAAUCACGCAAUAGAAUUCUAAUUUUUGGGGCCAGACACCAGAGCAUGUGGGAGAUGAAAUCAAUCAUUGUUUUUAAUGCACAAAUGGGGAGCAAUUACAGUCAGCUUUUGGGGCCAGACAAAAGAAUGUAUCGCUUGAUUUAUGCCCGUUGCCCCUUGCGGAAUACUGGGAACAGCAGCUAGACUGUUCCCAACGCAUUGGUGAAAGCAAAAGUAAUAGUUUUCGAUCUUUCGGCCAUCAAUUAGCACCUGCCCUGCUUUUCGCCGGCACUGAAAGCCAGACACGGCACUGUAUAAAAGCCUCUGGCGGCCAGAGACGGCUUCAAAGUCAAUCUUCAAGUACCCGACAAUGGCUUGCCUUGGCCACGCUCCGAUAGCUGUAUUUUUGCUAGCUGUAGUCUUCAGUUGUGCCACCGAGUCUUGGGCGGACUUACGCGGAGAUCUGCGGGAUUUCGUGGCGAUUGCGCCGCGUCGACGCAUCGGCUACAUAGCCGCCAGAUACUAUAUCUUCGAUCCGAGAUUCCGCCAGGCAGUGGGUUUUGUGCGCAGCGACGAGUUCCUGGAGACCUGGCAGGCGGUGCGUGCCGCGCCCGAGGUGGCAGCCCUCAUCGAUUACCUCAACGAGUACGGAUCGGGCUACGAUGUGACCAGCCUCGUGGACAGCCUCCCCCAGCGACUGCGGGCCUAUCAGCUGUCGCGCACUGUGCCCGUAGAGAUGAUGCUGCACCGCGAUCUUACCACAUUCCUACGCGAAGCGGUCCAAACCCUGCCGCGGGCCAAGGUCUACGCCCUGAUCUCCCAGAAGGUGCGGCAGGGCGGGGACUUUGCCAAGUUCUACAAGGCCCUGAGGGACAAGCAGUUCAAGAUUCUUGUGGACAGAGCAAGGAAUUCAGCGGACCUGCAAGCGCCACUGAAAAGACUGCACCAAAAGAACAUCAAUGUCGAUGAGAUGCUUCAAAUAUUGUUCGAAAUCAUCAACUGGGGGCCGCAGAAUCCAUAGAUCUAAUCGAAAUGUAUUUUAAUUAUAGUUUUUCUUUGUA